AUGUCCCGCGAGAAACCGCCGGCGCCCGCGCCGCCCGUGGUCUCCACGGGCUGCUCCGGCCUCAUGUCCUGCUCCUGCCUCUCCCGCCACCGCCGCGGCCCGCAGCAGCCGGCGGCGCCGCCGCGAAGAAGCGACGAUGGUGGCCCCGGCGACGCGGCCUUCGAGGUGGCGGAGAGGUGCUGGAAGAGGGUGCAGCUCCUGGAGGAGGAGGUCAAGAGGCUGAGCGGCCACGAGGUGAGGCCGGCGCCAGCAGGCGCCACCGAGCGCGUCGUCAGGGGCCACGCGGCGGAGGGAGGCGGCGAGGCCACCGAUCGCGUCGGGAACGGCGCCAAGGCCACGGCGGAGGGCGGCAGCGCAAGCACGGGCACGGGCACGGCCACAACCGCCGUAACGAGGCGUGCCAGCGUCGGUCACGGCGCCUGCUGCGGCGCGCAGGAGGUGGUGAGGCUGGAGGACGGCAGCUACAUGCGCGAGGUCAGGCGGGUUGGGCGCCCGUGGGAGCGGCUGGCCGUGCAGGUGUCGCGGCCCGCCGUCCCCGCGGACGCGGCGAGCGCGUCUGAGGUUCUUGGCAAGAUGGCAGCGAUGAGUGCCGAGGACCUGCGCAAGUUCCUGGUCCAGUUAAUGCCGCUGAAGGACAUCACCGGCCAGAAGAACCCCGGCGAGCCCGUGCGCCGGACGGCGCGGCCGAUCUCGGGGGACGACCUCGUGGAAGCUCUCGUCCUCGACGCGAUGGGCAAGCUGGAAUAUUUGGUCCUGGAAGGCCUCAAGAUCCAGAUGGCCUCACCGGCAGCGGCUACCGAACCCGCCACGGCCACGGCCGCCGCUGCCGUCGACGGGAAGCGGGACAAGGCCGUCAGCAAGGACUGCAUGGUCCACGUGGUCCUGAUGCAGGCGAGGGAUCCGAAGGAAAGGUACGGUGCCAUCGGCGACCCCAUGAUCGGGCUGAUCGAGGCGUCUCUGGAAAUGAAGGAUGCCACCACAGUGAGGCGGCGGAUGCUGGGGCUACAUGUUGCCGGAAUCAGCUUCGUAAUGAGUAGGCCCAGUGAUGGCAGAUGCGUGCUGUGGAGUGCGUAUCUGAGGCGAUGCAACGACGGCGACGGCGGAGGCGAUGGCUGCCGGUGCAUUUGCGUUCGGAAUCCGAAUUGUGUCUUACCCUCCGUGUGA